GUACAUACAGCACAGUAAUCUGCCCAACCAACGUCAACACCUACAAAAGGCAGGAGAGGCAUUUCCAUGAUCUUUUGAGGAUCUAUAAUGAGACUGACCCCACGAUCAUGUCAUGAUGUCGAAACUUCAGACUAUCCAAUUUACAAGCGCCCAUCUCCCCAACGGCACUCCAUCUGAGGAACAUCCCCUAACCAACCCCGGCGAACUCCUCCUAUGUCGACACGCAGCAGACAACACCUUUACAAAUCCCAACUUCCUUCUUAUCCACGCCCACAAGAACCCUUUUGACGACUACCAAGCUCCCAUGUUUGCCAUGCUUACGGCGAGCUCUGACGAUACCGUUCGCCCUUCCGCAGACCCGUUGAAGAAAACCUUCUGGAUGAAGACAUAUUCCGAGAACAAGGGCAUAUUGGAGCAAUUGGAGGCACAGAACAUCUUGAAGAGAACGGGCGAGAAGGUGAAUCAGGGAUACGUCACAUUGAUUGGUGUUGAGACGGUUUUGCAGAGAGGCCAGUGGUCUGAGACUUGCCAUGGCUGUGGGAGGCUGGAACAGCUUGAUAGUGUUAAGCCUAGAAUGAUGCGUUGUGGGAAGUGUAAGGACAGAUAUUAUUGCAAUAAGGAGUGCCAAGCUGGUUAGUAUUUCUCUAUCGCUUGCUAUGCAAGUUGCUAAUGUGGAUUUACAGCGGGAUGGCCAGCCCAUAAGGAGGACUGCAAGAGAAUCUGUAGGGUUCUUGCUCUUUGAGAUAUUUGGAUGCGAUAUUGAUACCCCCCUUCGGAACCCCCAGAUUUCUCGGAAUGCCUGGAUCGGACUGCACAUGACUGUUCUUUUACUGUGGCUGUGGCAAGUUGAGGUUUGUAUCUGGGAAAG